AUGGUCAAGGCAUUACUGGCUGCUUCACAAGGAGUUGUUUCAUUACAAAAGUUUUUUAUUCGAUUAUCUUUUGUUAUCAAUGUUGUUGGCACUUCCUCCAAGCAUACCGACCAACUUAGAGAUGCACAAGCUAAGGAAAUUGCAUAUAAGAUUUCUAUUGACAAGUUAAAGACAAGUAGACGUCUUAAUCAAAUUGGUAAAUUACAACGAGCUAGUGAUAAUCGAUGGAGUUCUCACCUCAAAUUAGUUUCGAGCUUAAUCAAAAUUUUUAGUCCAACUUGUGAGGUUUUACUUAAAAUUAUUAAGGAUGGCACCGGUCCAAUCAAAGGUGACGUAGAUUCGGCAUAUGAGUUUAUUACUACAUUUGAGUUCUUUUUUGUUCUUCAUCUCAAAAAAGAAAUAAUGGAGAUCACUGAUUUACUCUAUCAAGCUUUACAAAGACAAUCUCAAGAUAUCUGUAAUGCAUUGAGGCUAGUUGCAUCCACCAAAUUGUUAUUGCAAAAAAUGAAAAAUGAAAUACGGGAUGGUUUGUUGUCUCUUGCUAUGUCGUUUUGUCAAGAACACAACAUUGAUAUCCCUGAUAUGACUUCUCCAUACUUUAGUAGAGGGGCUCGAGCGUGUAAUGAGCUUAGUGAUCAUACACUAGAACAUCAUUACCGAGUGGAUAUAUUUUAUGAAGCAAUUAAUUGUCAGUUAAUGGAACUAAAUCAUCGAAUUAGUGAUAGAUCAAUAGAGUUGCUUCGACUUUCAACAACUUUAUAUUAUAAAAGUGUUGAUGAGCCUUUUCGAAGUCGUGAUGUAAUUAAGUUAGUAGAGAAGUUUUAUCCUGAAGAUUUCAAUGAACAAGAGAAAGUAGUUUUGAAGAUACAACUUCAACAUUAUGAGAUUGAUGUCGUUCAACAUGCAGAUUAUAAACUAUUGGCAUUUAUGUCAGAAUUGUGCCAAUGGUUGAUAAAGACUAGAAGAGUAGCUAACUUUCAUCUUAUUUAUAAAGUAGCUAGUAUCAUACUUACUCUUCCAGUUUCUACAGCUACAAUGGAGAUGUUACUUUCAGCAAUGAACUUCAUUAAAACAAGGUUGCUGAAAAGAUUAGUUUAG